AUGGAGAGCGCAGCGCCCCGCGAGGCCCUGGGACCCGAAGCCCCGCGCCCGGCCUCGCCCUCCUCCGCGCCCCCCGGCCCCGCCGCGCCCCGCGUGCGCCCACGCCUCGUCUUCCGCACGCAGCUGGCCCAUGGCAGCCCCACGGGCAAGAUCGAGGGCUUCACCAACGUCCGCGAGCUCUACGCCAAGAUCGCUCAGGCCUUUGGGAUCGCGCCCACCGAGAUUCUCUUCUGCACCCUCAAUAGCCACAAGGUGGACAUGCAGAAGUUGCUAGGAGGCCAGAUCGGCUUGGAGGAUUUCAUCUUUGCACAUGUGCGUGGUGAGACCAAGGAGGUGGAGGUAACCAAGACGGAGGAUGCGCUGGGCCUGACCAUUACGGACAACGGAGCCGGCUAUGCCUUUAUCAAGCGGAUCAAGGAGGGUAGCAUUAUUAACCGCGUGGAGGCCGUGUGCGUGGGGGACACCAUCGAGGCCAUCAACGACCACUCCAUCGUGGGCUGCCGCCACUAUGAGGUGGCCAAGAUGCUCCGGGAACUGCCCAAAUCUGAGGCCUUCACACUGCGACUGGUGCAGCCCAAAAGGGCCUUCGAUAUGAUCAGUCAGAGGAGCCGAAGCAGCAAGAGUCCUGCAGAGGCGAAAAUGAGCAGUGGCCGAGCCACCCUGCGUCUGCGGUCUGGGGGGGCCGCCACUGUGGAGGAAGGGCCCACCGAAUUCGAGGAGGAGGCUUCUCGGAAGGUGGACGACCUUCUGGAAAGUUACAUGGGCAUUCGGGACCCGGAGCUGGCGUCCACCAUGGUGGAAACGGCCAAGAGGACCGCGGGCGUGCAGGACUUCGCACGCAGUCUCGACGCCGUCCUGGGCGAGUUCGCGUUCCCGGACGAGUUUGUGGUGGAGGUGUGGGCCGCCAUUGGCGAGGCGCAGCACGCCUGUGGCUAG